CACACGCUUCGUGCCCCGCAAAGGAAACGUAGUAUUGAAGCCAAGCGUUGAAGGGGCUGGGGGAGAGAGGGAGAGAAAUACCCCGGUUUAUGUUUCGUCCCCUCCCUGCCCCUCCCCCAGGUCACCCGGUGGAAUAGAGCAGCGGCGCACCGGCAGCGGCUCCUGCGGUGCCAACCGGCCAGGAGGCGCCGGCUCUUGUUUGCACAAAGCGACUGCAUCGCAGUAGCUCAUGGGGAGUGGGUGCAACGCUACCAGGGAAAAGGGAACCUGGGGACGCGCUCCCGCACGGGCUUCCGUUCCCCUGGGGAGGCGCCUGAGCUGGGAGAGGUUACUGUGUAUUUCGUCCCCAAGUGACAAUUUCGGGGUUUGCUUCCGCCCUGGAGAGCUGCAGAUGCCUGCUCUGGAGCUGCCUCUUGGCCCCACGGCCGCUGUGGGGAUGCCUCAGUCCUUUGCUUUAUUUUCUCCAGUCCCCGUCCGCCGGGCAAGCGGUGGGCCCGGGACCAGGAGUCACAGAGGGCAUUCGGCUUAGGCGGGCCCCUGCCUGGCCAACAGUGCAGUCCUGGAAGGUGCAGUCCGAGGAUGUCAAGAAGUCCAUAAGGGAGCUCGCACAGGUCUCCUCAAAUCCCGUGGCGCAAAAAACAAGGCGUCCCGUUCCCAGCCCAACAGGCUCUUUUCCCCCCCGGUGUGAAAGUGGGUCAACUCUGUACUGGCCUGAGUGGGCCUUUGGAGCUAGUGGGGUCCAAGCAAGUCCUCUGCCCUUCAACUCCCCACCCGUUCCCUAGCUUGGCACCAUCGAGAGAACUGGCUAGAGCCAUGCGUGGGAGCAGCUCGAAACACAUGGCUGAGGAGGCUCAGGUUGUCAUUCGGAGUGGCUGCCAGGCUAUAAAAUUCCCAAUUGACCACACCAGUAACUAAAUAUAGGAGCAGCUGGUGCAGAUGGGGGUGUCGCAAUGGUUCCUUUGCAGAGUUCUUGGGACUGCAGAAAAGGUAAAGUUUUUGCUGGUAAGGGCUGAGUCAGAGGACCACUGUCAGGGUUUAAGUACACCCCACCCCACCCCCAGCUUUGAAUUGAGAUGAACCCAGGUUCUGAUGUAGGCUAAUAGCCAGUAUUGCCAGUUCCCACAAAGUCAACGAUUUUUUUUUUCUGGCAUUCAAUUUAUUAUAUUCAAACUUCCUGUCUAUACCUGUUUGAUCAUUGGAAAUGCCUUCAUGUGGGAAGUACUUCAUGGUUUGUAAAGUCUUUUCUCCAAAGUGCUGUAUCAGGUAUUUUUUAUAACCAGUUAAGGAAGGUGGUAUUUCCAUUUUGCAAAUGGGGCUCCUUCACAGUCCUGGAAACUGUGCAUGAAUUAUUCUGGUAACAGAUGGGUGGUGGCCUGGCUCCCUCUCUCCUGCAUCUCUUUGUGUAGCUGGUGCUCAUAUCUUGCCUUAUGCCUUCAUUGAGGUCCCUUGGGCCUGGCAUCAUAGCUGCAGCGGCAUCUGGCUCAUUCUGCCUCCUGGUGGGAAGUUUGUUCUGGCCCAUACCCUGUCCCUGUCCUGUUACUUCUCAGUGUGUGCCUUAAAGAAGGUCCCCACAAGAUGUUCAUUGGAUUUAAACAUAUCCUGGGACCAUGGAGCCCACUCAUAGGAAAGGGGAGUUGGGCGGUGUGGAGAGGACCAUAUGGGGACAGGAGCAGUGUGAGUGUGGGCUAAGACCCUAUGUCCAGGGGUCUCUGGGGUUUGGAGUGCCUUUCUUGACAUUGUCCAAAGCCCCUUCCAGUGCCUGGAACUGGUUGGGAUUGGUAGUACCAUCUAUCUGGAACAUUCCAUGCCUAGGCUAAACCCAUGUGUGCUGAUGAUUACUGUUUCUGUCCUUUGGGAUGUUCUCUGACUCCUUGCUGUCACCACUCCCGCACGUGGGGAUGACCAGAUGCUUCAGGGAGCUCCACACUUGGGCCUAUGGGGUGUCCUGGAGUCCUGUGGUUGGGUUCUGGUUCCAGGAGGGGCUGCCUUAAGUGCCAGUUGUUCAGAUGGUGCUGACAUGCAGAUUGUAGGUUGUUGACUCAGAUUAUUUAUCUAGACAGGGGCCCCCACAACCUAGGGGCAGCCUUGCUUAGGGGCUUUGCCCUCAGUCCAGAGUAGGCCCGCAGCUCUCUGCCACUUGCAUGACUUGGACAAUUUUCUGUGUUUGGCUCAUCUUGUCCAUGCCCUUUUGGAGUCCCAGAGGCCCAGUCCAGCUCCUCAUUAUCCCAAGUUUGUUCGUUUGGACCCCUCUGACCCUGAACUGGGCCCCGUAACAUGGGAUCCUGCCGCCCUUCCAUCUGCAGCCCUGCCUCUCUCUGUCCUCUGGCUUUGGAGAGGGACUGCCCAUGGACUUAAUUCUCCCUUAACGGGGGACAAGGAAGUUUUAGGUGAAGGAAGGGUGAUUCCUAGCCAAAGGUGGUGAUUUUAAGCCCUUAAUAUUUUAAGUGAUGAUUUUAGAUCCCCUUUGGAAAUCUAGGGCACCUUUGUGCUGUGCUCAGAGCAUGGUUUGGAAUAUUAGAAACCCUUCUUCCUAGUGAACUAUUCUGACACUCAGACUUUACAUGUUGAUCCUGUUCAGGCAUUUUUGUUCCCUCUGACCCACAACACUGGGCCUCAGAGCUUGCCACUCCUGGGACUUCCUCUGCUUCAGCCUCCCAAGUAGCUGGGAUUACAGGCAUGUGCCACAUGCCCAGUUGAAUGUGUAUGUUUGUAUGUGUGGGUAUCUGUUGGUUUUUAAAAGCUCAAAAGCAACCCAGAUGACUUGUGCUAAGUCAUUAAGUGCUGUGGAAACUCACAGGGAAGAGAGAACACUGAGGGCUGGGGCAAUCAGGGAAGACUUCCUGGAGGUGGAGAGAUGGGAAUUCUCAUUCCUCAGAGAUGACUUGCUCAGUUUCGCAUGGGCAAUGAGCUGGGAUUAGAUGCUGCUGCCAUGAGUGCCCAUGUGCUGCUUUAUCCUCUCAACUGGAAUUAUGGAGUAUCAGGUAGAUCUAUAGAUUUUGUUCAAUCGUGUUUAACUCAGCAAGGUGGGUAUUACUAGACCUACUAGAAGAAACUGGGGCUCAGAGUGGUUAAAAAACUCUCCCAAGCUGUCUUAGCUACUAAUGAUGGAGUUGGACAUUCUGCCUAUCAAACAGGCUUUCCCCCUGCACCUGUGUGUCUCUGGCCUUCAGUGUCAGCCUCCCUGGUGAAACACACACAUGCGGAACACCGUUGACUCUGCUGGGCAGGUAGAUGGGCUUGGCCUUGCUUUUCCAGCUGAGCCCAUGGGCACUGUUCUCGGUCUGCCAGCAGCUCUGAGCACUGGCUCCCUCCCUUUCUCCCUGCCUUUCCCGUCUGCCCUGGGAACAAGCUCCCUGGAAUCCCUGAGUUAUCUGGGAAGCUGGGAUUGGGGCCUAGGGACAAAGACCUUGACCUCAAGUUCCUUCUCUCUUUGUGGGGUGCUGCUGUUAUCAAUAUGGAGCAGGCCUGGUCAUUGUCACUCACUCCCUUUGACCUUGUUCAGGCCACUUAGCCACUUCCUAUGCCUUAGUUUCCUUCUCAGUAAUAAACAGAGGGUUGAGGACAUUUUUAUAUCUUCAUACCUUAUUAUCUUAUCUCCCUUACCCUUCUCAAAGGCGUCCUCCCUGGCGAUCAGGUCCCCUUCUCUCCUUUCUAGCACCUCCCCCUUUUCUUGGAGAUCAACCCAGCAUCAGUCUGAUAAUCAGGUCUGCAGGCUGAUGCUGUAACCUUCCCUUCCUGUUGGCACUUGGGGAGGCAAUUUCUAGAGACCCAUCCACCCGUCACACUGAGCUCCAAUUUGCCUUGGAGUCGCCACCUCCUGCCGUGCACAGGGAGCCUGGCAGAUGUGGGUGGGGUGAACAGGGGAGCUGGAGCAAUUGUGCACAGAGAGCCCUGACUCAGAGGUCGCAGUAUGGAGGGACAGGUGUCUUUCCCCUGCCCUUGGCUGUGUCCUGCCUCCUCCUUGGUGCCCCACCUGUUGAGUCACAGGCCAGUGCACAUCUGAGUCCUUACACCCACCUGGCUACUGAUGCAGGCCCGGCGGGCCCUCGUCUGAUGAGGUCACACAUGUUGAUCCUCCCAGAGAAGCAGCAGGGCCCAGCUGCCCUCACCCUCUGACAGGCGCAUCAGCUCUUCCAAAGGCUGAGCUGCCUGUGGCCUGGGUUCUGAGUUCCAGAGAGGAGGCACAGGCCCCUUUGUGAGCAGCACACCGGCCUGGGGGCUGGCAGCGGGACACCCCAGUCUGCAUGCUGAAGAAGAUGGGUGAGGCCGUGGCCAGAGUUGCACGGAAGGUCAACGAAACGGUGGAGAGCGGCUCUGACACUCUGGACCUGGCCGAGUGCAAGCUGGUUUCCUUCCCCAUCGGCAUCUACAAGGUCCUGCGGAAUGUCUCCGACCAGAUCCACCUCAUCACCCUGGCUGACAACGAGCUCAAGUCCCUCACCAGCAAGUUCAUGACCACGUUCAGUCAGCUCCGAGAGCUCCACCUGGAGGGGAACUUCCUGCACCGCCUGCCCACUGAGGUGGGCAGCCUGCAGCACCUCAAGGUCAUUGACCUGUCUCGGAAUCAGUUUCAAGACUUCCCCGAGCAGCUCACCACCCUGCCCUCACUGGAGACCAUCAAUCUGGAGGAGAAUGAGAUCGUGGCAGAUGUGCCCGUGGAGAAGCUGGCCGCCAUGCCCGCCCUGCGCAGCGUCAACCUCCGCUCCAACCCUCUGAAUGCCGAGGUGCGCGUGAUCGCCCCGCCACUCAUCAAGUUUGACAUGCUCAUGUCUCCAGAGGGUGCACGGGCCCCUCCACCUUAGAGCACCCUCCUCAUUACCAUCUCAGGGACAGAGGCCAUUGGCCUGUCACCUGAAAGGAGGGAGGCCCAUGGGAGGCUAAGCUGGGGGGCUGAGGGUGGGUAGGCCAAACAGAGUAUCGCGGGAGUGGGGUGCAGCGAGUCCAGGAUAGCUAGUUUAGAGCAGUAGAGGCCCUAGAGCAUUGAGAAGGAGGAGGCUGAGUGGGGGCUGGAGCCUGGAUAGUGGGCACACAGCUGCUGUGCAAACUUGGGCAGAUCCCCUACCCUCUCUGAGCCUUGUUGCCUGGCAGAGGGCUUUGGCCUCCUUUAGAGUCCUUGGAGGUUUUAGCUUCAAACCACCAGGCGCCCUCUGAGCCCGCAGAUGAGUGCAGCUGAGCAUCUUCUGGGCCUCCGUGGGCUGGAGGCCUUGUUUCUAGUGCUGAGAGCCAAUGGCUUCCCUGAGAGGAGUGGAAGACAACCCUCCACCUGCUGCUUCCUGAGAACUGAGGAUGAUGCCUUUUGCCACGCCCCUCCUCCACCACCUGGCUCCCUGGGCCGGCAGGAGCCUGAGUGGGAGACCCGGGAAGGCCGUGGCCUCGAACAGGGCAAGACGUUCUGCAGAUGCAAUGCACCCCGAGGAUGGACCCUGGGGAGAAAUCAGGGCAGCUCUGUCCUUCCUUGUGAAGAACACUGAGUGGGCAGGAAGUCCUGAGCGCUCCACACCUCCCCAGGGAAGGACUUCCAGCUGUGCCUGGUCCUCACCCCUGAGCUGCAGGAGAGGUGGCCCAGGGACAACAAUGCCAUUUGUGUCUGUGACUAUGGUCUGAGUAAUCAGCUGCCCCGGCCCCCAUGGUCUCUCUCCCUUGUCAUGGCCCCUUGGGGGCAGAAGACACUUCGGAUUGUUGGCUCCAGAGCUACCACAAUGCUGACCUAGCCAUUGUGAGGUCCUCAUCUGGAUUCUAGGGUUUGGCCAGACAGUAUGGUGACUGGCUUGUCAGGGACUGAAGGUUUCCUGGGAUGUGGGGCUUUCAGUGCUAAAACUGGGGCAAGUCGAGAUGGCAGGCCCCCCACCUGGCUCUUGCUUUCUGGUAAACAGUGCUUUGGAGAACCCCGACUUCCCAAUGCCCCAGGUGGCUACAUCUCACUUUCUCAUGGGAGGAGCGAGGGCUUCCCCAGAGCCCACCUGCUCUGCACCUAGGUGUGCAUCUGUGCAGACCCCUGAGGCCUUGGGCAGAGCUGGGCCACUUUACCACACCUACAGUCCGGCUCUCCAGAGGUCUGACACCAGUCAGAGCAGUAGCCUGUCUCAGAGGCGCCCCAUGUGCUUCCCCCUUCCAGGUCUCCUGUCUUGGCAAGGAGCUGACAUUGUUGGUCACUGAAUACUUAGUGUCCCGAGAGAGAGACCUUGUCCAUUCUGCUCAUAUCUCAAGGCCUUCCUGUCCUUCUGAAAGAGGUUUCCAGGGCUGCUGAGUUCAGCUGUGGACACUGGGCAGGUGGGGGCUACAGUGCAGCCUGGGCUGGGCUGCCCCCCACCCCCCACCCCCCAUGCUCUGGAGCCGGGUCUCUCCUGGUGGAAGAGGCCAUCUCAUGGCCAGAAACUUGCACCGCGAAGCGUGAUCUGAGGGCCAGCAACAGCUGCAUCACCUGGGAGCUUGUUUGCAAGCAGGAUCCUGGGCCCACCCCAGUCUUCCUGCAGCAGAAUCCGCAUUUUAACAAGAUUCCCAGCUGAUCCCUACAAGUAUGUCAUAGUUUGAGAAAUGAGGGUCUAGAGGUGACCCUGGGCAUGUCCUCGGGUUGGAGGGCAAAGGCUUUCCCGGUUCUCCCCCUGCCACCUCCAGGGAUGUGAGUCUGGGCUCAGCCUCCUUCAACCCAGCCCUGGGAGACCCGUAGCCUCUUGGCUCUCUCCAGAGUCUGCACGACACUCCCUUUGAAGGGGAUGAUCACAUCGCCAGGAGAUGAGGGUUAGGCGUGCGUGGCCAUCUGGAUCCUACCUCUGGUUCGCCCCUGCACGCCAGGCGGCCUGCUCCAGGUCCUAUCCCUGGCCCUGUGAGAGGCUGCUUCUGGAAGUUCCUCUACUCUGCUUAGACAGCAUGCCCUUGCCUCUCUGGGAAAGCGUGGGCAGUCGGAGGAGCUCCCAAAUCCAGACUCACGGUGUGAGCGAGCCCUUAGCUUCAGUCUGCAAUAAAGAAUGUGUUGGUUCCCUCUG